CCUGGUUUGUUUCUUUGCUUUCAGGAUGUUUCCCAGACUGCUGUUGGGUUUCUUGUGGGGCGUCGUUGGCGCUUCGGCGGCUGAGAACAACUCCCAGCCGCUGCUGCUGGUGUCAUUUGACGGCUUUCGGGCCGACUACCUGCAGAGGUUUCCCAUGCCUAACCUGAAGCUCCUGUACAGCCAGGGGGUCCUGGUGGAGCAGCUCACUAACGUCUUCAUCACCAAGACGUUUCCUAACCACUACAGCCUGGUGACGGGGCUGUACGCAGAGUCCCACAACAUCCUGGCCAGCACCAUGUACGACCCCAUCAGCGGCAAGCACUUCAGCCUCCAGAACGACAGCGACCCCAUGUGGUGGAGCUCGGCGCAGCCCCUGUGGCUCACCGCUCAGGAGUCCGGCUACGAGACGGCGGCCGCCAUGUGGCCUGGCUCCGACGUUACCAACCGCACACCGACGCACUUCUUCCACUACGACCCCGAUGUGACGUUCCAGCAGCGCUUAGGGAACGUGACAAACUGGAUGUUAGGAGACGGGAAGCCGGGAGCCAUGUUUGCAGCUCUUUACUGGGAGGAGCCUGAUCGGUCGGGUCACACUUUUGGUCCUGAAAACAAAACAGCAAUGGCUAAAGCUCUAAAGGAGGUUGACGACAAUAUCGGGCUGCUGAUGGACGAGCUGAAGAGGACGGGCCUCUGGGGUCGCAUCAACCUCAUAGUGACCAGUGACCACGGCAUGGCGCAGUGCUCCGCCGAUCGCCUCAUACGGCUGGACGACUGCCUCCACCCCGACAACUAUACUCUGGUGGACCUGACGCCUGUCGCCGCGCUCCGCCCCAAAGAAGAUCCAGAGCGGGUCUUCAGCUUACUGAAUGAGUGCCAUCCUCACAUGAAGGCGUACAUGAAGAAAUCCAUCCCAGACGGUCUCCACUAUCGGAACAACCCUCGCAUCCAACCGAUCCUACUGAUCGCUGACGAAGGCUGGACCAUUGUGAGGCGGGGAAACAAGCUGCCAAGGCUAGGUGAUCAUGGGUAUUACAACUCCCUGCCAAGCAUGCAUCCCUUCCUGGCAGCGACGGGCCCCGGCUUCCGCCAAGGUGUCCAGAUGAAGAGCCUGCAGAGCGUAGAUAUUUACCCGCUCAUGUGCCGCCUGCUGGCGGUGCCGGCACAGCCCAACAACGGCUCUUUGACCAGCGCUCGGUGUCUGCUAGCUGGCGAGAGCUGCUGGGAAACCUCCGUGGUUAUCGGCCUGGUGGUGGGGGUCCUGCUGCUGCUCACUAUUAUCACUGUUCUUUUCCGGUGCAUGGGCUCCCGUCCAACCGCAGGCCCCAGGCCCUUCCAGAGGCUGGACUUUCUCUGUGACGAUGACGAACCCUUGGUUCCAUAAACCACCGAAAGCUCCGCUUCUGCUUUGCUUUCUUCUGUCAUGUGGUUGUUUCCCAACACAUACCCUCAGGUUUUGCUUCCACUUGCUACAGGUGGAGUAAAAGUAGCUGUUACCAUGGAUACUGUAUGUUUGAUUUUAAGUAAUGCGACACGCUUCAGAGAUUUUGAUGCUGUUGUUUAUGUGGCCGUUUUAAAACGUUUGUGAUUGUGAGCAUUUCCUUGUUUUUCAUUGUUUUGGCCAGCAGAGGGAGCCAGUAGUUCACGAUUAACCUUGUAUUUUAGGCUGAUUUGUCACACAGAUUGGUUCAAAAUACAUGAUUUUUUUAAAUUUUUUAUAUUGUCAUUCAAAGCGCAAUUUAAAGGUAAACCUAGUAUCGAUGACUACUAAUGGUUUUCUUAGGUGAAAUCAAAAUAAGGGAAGUUAUUACCAAAGAAGAUGGAGGUUUGGUUAUCUUAUGGGGACUAUUUUGCAGGGAUUAAAAACUGUGAACCGCUGCUGCUGAAAGUUCUGAAAACAGGUUGUUGAUAUUUUGUUUUUCAAAUCAGACAAAUCCACCAAAAAUGACCAAAACAUACAAUAAAAAUGAAUCACUGUGCUUAAAUUCAUUACUUUAACGUCAAGAUGUUUAAACAGCAAAGUGACGUUUUUUUACUCUUCUUCCAAAGUUAAAUAAGUAGCAUCCCUUAGAGGAUAGAUGAUUUAGUGGGUUUUUAAAACCUAACAUAAGACAAAGUAAUGCAAUCCUGGUUGUAAAAGUAA